AUGUGCAGGCAAGGGGAGCCCAUGAAAUUUGUAACCUGGGUCUGGAUGACAUCGUGCAACAAAAUGAUUGGUGUGCUGCUGGUCUUUUUUCCCGCUCUGCUCCUGGAGAUGGACGUGCUGCCCAGGAGUGGUGGUCGGAAGGUUCUUCUCUCUGCAGCCUCCUCACAGAGGUCAGUGGCUCGGAUGGACGGGGAUGUCAUCAUCGGGGCCCUCUUCUCUGUCCAUCACCAGCCACCGGCUGAGAAAGUGCCCGAGAGGAAGUGCGGGGAAAUCCGGGAGCAAUACGGCAUCCAGAGAGUCGAAGCCAUGUUUCACACUUUGGAUAAAAUUAACGCAGACCCGGUCCUGCUACCUAACAUCACCCUGGGCAGCGAGAUCCGAGACUCCUGCUGGCACUCCUCCGUGGCCCUGGAGCAGAGCAUCGAGUUCAUACGGGACUCUCUCAUCUCCAUCAGGGACGACAGGGACGGAGGCACCCGCUGCAUUUCCGACUCUCAGACCCAGCCCCAGAGCAGAGUGAAAAAGCCCAUCGCUGGGGUCAUCGGCCCCGGCUCCAGCUCAGUUGCUAUCCAAGUGCAAAAUCUGCUCCAGCUCUUCGACAUCCCCCAGAUCGCUUAUUCCGCCACCAGCAUCGACCUGAGCGACAAAACGCUGUACAAGUACUUCCUCAGGGUGGUCCCCUCCGACACGCUGCAAGCCAGGGCCAUGCUUGACAUCGUCAAGCGUUACAACUGGACCUACGUCUCCGCCGUGCACACGGAAGGAAAUUACGGGGAAAGUGGAAUGGAAGCCUUCAAAGAGUUGGCUGCCCAAGAGGGUCUCUGCAUUGCUCACUCUGACAAGAUCUACAGCAAUGCUGGUGAAAAGAGCUUUGAUCGUCUGCUCCGCAAGCUGCGAGAGAGGCUACCCAAGGCCAGAGUGGUGGUUUGCUUCUGCGAGGGAAUGACAGUCAGGGGGAUCCUCAUUGCCAUGCGGCGCCUGGGAGUGCUUGGGGAGUUCCUGUUAAUCGGAAGUGAUGGUUGGGCAGACAGAGAUGAAGUCAUUGAAGGUUAUGAACCCGAAGCAAAUGGAGGCAUUACUAUCAAACUGCAGAGUCCUGAGGUGCUGGCCUUUGAUGACUACUACCUGAAGCUGCGUCUCGACACCAACACCCGCAACCCCUGGUUUCCCGAGUUCUGGCAGCACCGAUUUCAGUGCCGCAUUCCAGGGCACCCACUAGAGAAUCCCAACUUCCAAAAGAAUUGCACUGGCAAUGAGAGCUUAGAAGAAAACUAUGUGCAGGACAGUAAAAUGGGAUUCGUCAUCAAUGCAAUAUAUGCUAUGGCUUAUGGUCUGCAAAAUAUGCAUCACUCCCUUUGCCCCGGACAUGUUGGACUUUGUGAUGCUAUGAAGCCUAUUGAUGGCAGCAAGCUCUUGGAGUUCCUCCUCAAAUCCUCAUUCAUUGGUGUGUCUGGAGAAGAAGUUUGGUUUGAUGAAAAGGGAGAUGCCCCUGGAAGAUAUGACAUCAUGAACCUACAGUACAUAGAGCCCAACCGGUAUGACUACGUCCUCAUUGGGACCUGGCACGAGGGUGUGCUCAACAUUGACGACUACAGGAUUCAGAUGAAUAAGAGCGGAAUGGUCCGAUCCGUGUGCAGCGAGCCUUGCCUGAAGGGCCAGAUUAAGGUGAUCAGGAAAGGAGAAGUGAGCUGCUGCUGGAUUUGCACUGCUUGCAAGGAGAAUGAAUUUGUUCAGGAUGAAUUCACGUGUAAAGCCUGUGAGCUCGGCUGGUGGCCAAAUGCUGACCUGACAGGCUGUGAACCCAUCCCUGUAAAGUAUCUCCAGUGGAGCAAUAUAGAGUCUAUUGUGGCUGUGGUCUUUUCCUGCCUGGGGAUCCUGGUCACCAUGUUUGUCACCCUUAUCUUUGUGCUCUACAGAGACACCCCUGUUGUCAAGUCCUCCAGCCGUGAGCUCUGCUAUAUAAUCCUGGCUGGCAUCUUUCUGGGUUACGUCUGCCCUUUCACCCUUAUAGCUAAGCCCACCACAACAUCCUGCUACCUCCAGCGCCUUCUGGUGGGCCUCUCCUCAGCCAUGUGCUAUUCUGCCCUCGUGACCAAAACCAACCGCAUCGCUCGCAUCCUGGCGGGCAGCAAGAAGAAGAUCUGCACCCGCAAGCCCCGCUUCAUGAGCGCCUGGGCCCAGGUGGUCAUCGCCUCCAUUCUCAUCAGCGUGCAGCUGACACUGGUGAUCACUCUGAUCAUCCUGGAGCCCCCCAUGCCCAUCCUCUCCUACCCCAGCAUUAAAGAAGUUUACCUUAUCUGCAACACCAGCAACCUGGGCGUCGUGGCUCCCGUGGGCUACAAUGGACUCCUCAUCAUGAGCUGCACGUACUAUGCCUUCAAGACUCGCAAUGUGCCCGCCAAUUUCAACGAGGCCAAGUACAUUGCAUUCACCAUGUACACCACUUGUAUCAUCUGGCUGGCCUUCGUGCCCAUCUAUUUCGGGAGCAACUACAAGAUCAUCACCACCUGUUUCGCGGUGAGCCUGAGCGUGACGGUGGCUCUGGGGUGCAUGUUCACUCCUAAGAUGUACAUCAUUAUAGCCAAGCCUGAGAGGAACGUCCGCAGUGCCUUCACCACCUCAGAUGUGGUGCGUAUGCAUGUCGGGGAUGGCAAGGCACCCUGCAAGUCCAACACUUUCCUCAACAUAUUCCGGAGAAAGAAGCCAGGGGCUGGAAAUCCAAAUUCUAAUGGAAAGUCUGUGUCAUGGUCUGAACCAGGUGGAAGACAAGAUCCAAAGGGGGAACAUACAUGGCACAGACUCUCAGUGCAUGUGAAGAACCAGGAGACAGGGUGCAAUCAGACAGCGGUGAUCAAACCCCUCACUAAAGACUACCACGGCCAAAGUCUGACUUUUACCGACAUCAACAGUAAGACUCUGAACAAUGUGGUGGAGGAAGAAGAUAGAGAGCCCGUUCACCUCAACCAGUCCAGCAGCCCUUCCAUGGUGGUGCACAGGCGGGUGGCAACGACCCCCCCGCUGCAGGCCACGGCGGAGGAAACCCAGCUCUUCUUGCCUGAGCAGUCCCCCAAGACCCUGCCCCUGCAGCCACAGUCUCUCAUGGACCAGCUGCAAGGAGUGGUCAACAAGUUUUCCACCGGCAUCCCCGACUUCAACGCUGUCCUCCCCACUCCUGGCUCAGGGAAUGGCGUGCGGCCCCCCUGCCCACCCCCGCCGCCCCUGCAGCCUUUCCAGGUGGCUGCCUUCAGCGAGGAGCCCCUGUCUCCCCCGGCUGAGGAAGCAGAGAGUGAGAAGGUGAAGCUCAUUCAGGGAUAUGUGUAUGAAAAGAACACAGAGGAAGAGGAGGAGGAUGAGGAGCCAGCAACCAGCAAACUGACUCUAGAAGACUCUCCGGCGCUGACACCCCCAUCCCCUUUCCGGGAUUCGGUGGCUUCGGGCAGCUCCGUGCCCAGCUCCCCUGUGUCGGAGUCGGUGCUCUGCACACCCCCAGAUGUGACCUAUGCCUCUGUCAUCCUGAGGGAUUAUAAGCAAAGCUCGUCCACCCUGUAG